AGAUCCAUUUUGGUGAAAAUGUGUCGAAGUUUUUACUGUACAGUAGGAUAUAUGGUAUAAUUUUAGGGAUAUUUGUAAAUUUAGCAGUUGUUGAAGUUUUAUGCAUCACUUCGAAAUGAAAUUAUAUUUGAGCUUAACUGAUAAUUACUCCAAUGACAUGAACGACCUAAACAGUGUACAUUUGUAAACGGGAAAACGAAAAGUCGUUUUCAUCAACAUUUUUCUAAUACUUUUGCAAUCGUGACCGCAAUUUAUUGGAUGACAAGUUACCAUGCCUGCGGAAGCAGUAAAAGUCAUCGUGAGAUGUCGGCCCAUGAACAAGCGAGAGAUCGACCUCAAAUGCAAGAUCGUGGUACAGAUGGAGCAGGGCAUUAUAUGCCACCUCACAUCACCAGAGGGCCACAACAACUCCUCUGAUCCACCCAAGAGCUUCACAUUUGACGGCGCGUACCACAUCGACUCCACCACAGAGAGCAUUUACAACGAUGUGGGCUUCCCCAUUGUUGAGAGCGUCUUGGAGGGCUACAACGGAACCGUGUUCGCGUACGGCCAGACUGGAUGCGGCAAAAGCUUCAGCAUGCAGGGCAUCACAGACCCUCCCACCCAAAGGGGCAUCAUACCCAGGGCAUUCGAGCACAUCUUCGAGAUGAUCCAGACGUCUGCCGACAUGAAGUAUCUCGUGCUCGCGUCCUACUUAGAAAUUUAUAACGAGGAAAUUCGAGACCUCCUCGGCGACGACGUAAAGAAAAAAUUGGACCUCAAGGAGCAUCCUGACAAGGGCGUUUACGUUCAAGACCUCAGCCAGCAUCCUGUACACAACACGACGGAGUGCGAGCGACUCAUGGAGUUAGGCUGGGGCAACCGCUCGACGGGGGCGACGCUCAUGAAUAAGGAUUCUUCUCGCUCACACUCCAUCUUCACCAUCUGCCUCGAGAUGAUGAACACUACAGGCGAAAACGACACCAUUCGGUCGGGGAAACUCAACCUGGUCGAUCUGGCUGGAAGUGAACGGCAGGCCAAAACAGGAGCGACUGGUGAUCGACUGAAAGAAGCAACCAAAAUCAAUCUCUCGCUCUCCGCUCUGGGCAACGUCAUAUCAGCGCUCGUCGACGGCAAGAGUAAACACAUUCCGUACAGAGACUCGAAGCUCACCAGACUUUUGCAGGACUCGCUUGGUGGCAACACAAAGACUUUGAUGGUAGCAUGCCUCAGUCCAGCAGACAACAACUACGACGAGACGUUAUCCACGCUGCGCUACGCCAACAGAGCCAAGAACAUCAAGAACAAACCCAAGAUUAACGAGGACCCCAAGGAUGCCAUGCUCAGGGAGUACCAGGAAGAGAUCCAGAAGCUGCGGCAAAUGCUGGAGCAGCAGGGACCUGGAGCAGGCUUAGGCAUCUCUGGAACUGCAGGAAUAAUGGCCGUGGCCGCCCCGCCAGACGAGAAGGCGCUCGAGGAGGAGCGUGAGAAGGUGAGGCUGGAGUACGAGCAGAAGAUGCAGGAGUUGAAGAGGGAGAAGGAGGCUGAGGCCAAGAGCAAGCAGGCCAUGCAGUCCCAAGUCGAUGAGAUUAGGAAGAAGUAUGAGCGCGAGCUGGCAGCGGUCGCUGAAAAGGCGCGCCUGCAACAAGAAGAAUUUCUACGGCAACAAGAAGAACAACAGCGGCUGUCACAGCAACAACACAGAGGCAAGAACAAGAGCGGUGUAACUCCAGGAGCAAUAGUGGACGGGUAUGAGGAGGACUGGGAGACUGACACUGUAGAGGAUAUAGAGGAAGCUGACAGUGAAGGAAGAGGGAAGAAAGAUAAAACUCCCAUCACCAUCGGGGUCUUGAAAAUGAACACCCAACAUAAUCAGCUUUCUCAGGAACAGAAGGAAGCUUUGAAAAGACUACGGGAGAUCCAGGAGAAAAUGGUGGGCGGUGAACGGAAAGAAGAUAAAGAACUUAAAGCCAAACGACAGAAACGCAAGAAAUACAUGGAAAAACGUAUGAAGAUUUUAAGCCAGGCUUUGAAUCAUGUUGAUGACGAGGACGGAAUAAUGAUUAAGGUCUACGAUGAUAUACACGAGGAGCUUAGGGUUAAAACUGAGCUGGCUAAGAAACAGAAGCAGAAGAUCAAAACUUUAGAGGCGGAAAUCGAGGACAUCACCAGCGAGUUCCAGAACGAACGCACCGACUAUCUGGAGACCAUACGCAGGCUGGAACACUCAACAACAUUAUUAUUCUCAAAGGUGCAACCGACAAUCAGAAGAGACUGCAACUACAGCACAUUGGACGCCAUCAAGAAAGAAGCCAUAUGGGACGACGAGUAUCAGAGAUGGAAACUGCCAGACCUUGCAAUAGUUAAAACUAAACUACCACCGGCCGGUCUGAACGGCUCCAUGACUCUGAACCCCGACUACUUAACAAGCAUCUCAAACAGUAGAAACAAGCCAAAGAAUCAUCGAUCCAAUGGAAUGGUCUACUCCAACCGGUCGCCGGAAGAGCCAGAUAGUGGCACAGGUUCAGCAACUUAUUCCGGCUACAACUCGGGAAUUAAUAGCGUCAAUAACAGUUUCAAUAGAGGCUAUGAUGAUGGGGUUGACAGUCUUGGUAGUUCUUUGAUAAGCAACUCCAAGAACCUUGGACCAUCGGACGUCGUUCAGCGAGGAGGAAGGCAUCCGUCCCAGACAGCCCCUGCGAGGCUCGGCAUGUGGGAGGACGAAAACGCCGAGGACAAAUUUUUGAAGGUGAUGAGCGUGCGCUGCUGA